AUGCCUUGGGUACUAACGACAAUAGCUGCUAUGUUCUUUUGGUCCAUCAUAAGUAUUUGGCUUCUUGUUGCUCAAUGUUGUUGUUGUAGAAAGAAGAAAAAAAAAGUUGCAAUAGUAACGAGAAGUGCGGAGAUGGUGGAACAACCGCAACAACUGGUAGAAGAAGAACCGCAGAAACAACCAGAGCCUGUUGUCAAACCAAAAGCGAGCCCAAAAGACAAACCAAAAGCGGCAAAAGUAUCUACGGCUAUUAAAGUAAACAAGGAAGAGAAAAAGAAGGCUAAAAAACGGGAAAAACCAUCAUCAACCGAAAAGAAAAAAGCUUCUUCAUCUCCUUCAAAAAAUAAGACCAAAACAAAAGCAUCGGGAAUUGUUGGACCGCAGAGUAGCAGUGAGGAAAUGUUGGCGUUAAAUAAAGGGAAAAAGGUUUCAGCUGUUCUCGCUGCAGAAGAAUCUCAAAAACGGGAAGACAGUAGUCUCAAAUCGAGUAGAGACGAUGUUGAUGAUAAUCCAGACUAUGACACAUUGGAUUUUGUUGAAAAGUUGGAUGUAUUCAAGAAAGUCGAUGGAAAGAAGAAGAAAAAGAAAAGCCAGGACUGA